AUGUCUAUCUUGAUCCUCGAAACCGCCGAGACCCAAAUCAACUCCCAUGAACUGGGUAAGGAGAAAAAAGUCCCUUCCAGUCGACGGCUUGCACACACCCUGUCUACCCUCAACUACCAGUUCGGUCUGCAUGGUUUCGGUGCUGCCUGCACCUACUGGAUUUCUCGCUUUGCAAUAACAAAACUCCUGCACUCCCUCAUCCUGCAGCAUGAAUACCUCAACCCAAUCGCCUAUAUUCUCUCAUCGGUACUCCUCGCAGAGAACCACUUCUUCUGGACAGCCCGGAUGGUCCUCGCCCCAGGCCAAAUGAGCCUCGUUAGCAGCUGCCGCGACUACAAACGAUGGAAAGCCCUAGCUCUUCCAGCGAUGGUCCACGCCAGCGCCGAGGCGCUUAUGAGCCACGUCCCCACUAUAAUGGGGGAUUCAAGCUAUACACCUUAUGAAACCAACACUCUGAACAUCAUGUCAGGAAUUGUCCUGUCGGAUAUCCUACUCUCAGUCCUGAUUCGAGGCAAGCCAUCUUCCGAAAACGUGCGAGACAAUCGUUCCGUCCCCCCGGCAGCGGGGGAGCGGAUUGCGGAUUAUCGAGCUAUUCCCCACAGCGAAGCUACCACUAGAGACGCGGAAAGCAUGGCAGAUGAUAGGGACAGCAAGAAUACUAUGGUGCCUUGA